AUGAUGAAACAAGGAACAACAACAUCCAACUUGUUAAAACAUUUGGGAACAACCUUGUCCAAUGUGCCACGAAAACUACAAUCAACUUCGUGUGCGAUUGUGAAUUUGAGGAAUAUCACUGAAAAUGUGGAAAAUACUGUAAAUUUUGCUAAAAACUACAAUCAGGAUAUUCACGUAAUGCCAGUGGUUAAAGCCAAUGCCUAUGGACACGGAGAUACACCAGUUGUCAGGGAACUUUACAAUGAAUUGUCAAUUAAACAAUUUGCAGUAAAUAGAGUGAAGGAAGGUGUUAAAAUUCGUAGUAAUUUGAGUAAGGAAAAUGCAAAUAUUGAAAUUCUAGUGUUGGGUUAUGCCAUUCCAGAGGAGGUGAAGGAAUGUGUCACUUACAAUUUAACUCCAACUAUUUCAGGCAGUAGAUUAAUUGUUGAAACUCUGUUUAGAGAAUGUGAAAAACAAGAUAAAACCAUUAAUGUACAUUUGAAGGUUGAUACUGGAAUGGGAAGAUUUGGAGCUCAUCCUGAAAAAUUGGAAAAUUUCUUGAGAUGGUUCACUAUUAAUCCAAUGAAAUUGUACAAUAGAAUCAAAAUUACAGGAGUAUUUACACACUUUUCAAGUGCUGAUGAGAUGAGCCCAGACUAUACGAGAGAGCAAUUUUAUAAAUUCAUGGAGGUGAAGAAAAUGAUUGAAAAUCAUCAAGUUUCAAGAGUUUUUGAAAAGCCACUCACUUACCAUUGUUGCAAUAGUGCUGGAACUCUAUUCUUCCCAGAAAUGCACAUGGAUAUGAUUAGACCAGGUAUUUCAAUUUAUGGACUUUCACCAAGUAAUGAUAGAGAUGAUCCAAGACUUCCAUUCAAAUUGAAACCUGCUCUCACUGUUGUUUCGCACCUUGGAAGAGUUCAAAAAUUCCCAAAGGGAUCACCAGUUUCAUACGGAAAUACCUAUACAGUUGCAGAGGAUGACGAAACCCUUGCAUUAGUCCCAGUUGGUUAUGGAGAUGGAUACAAGAGAAUUAAUACUGGUAAGGCCCACGUAUUAAUUAGAGGUGAAGAGUGUCCAAUAGUUGGUAGAAUUUGCAUGGAUCAAUUUGUAGUUAAAAUUUCUCCAACUGUUGUAGAUAGAGUUAAAAUCAAUGAUGAAGUAGUCUUAAUUGGUGAACAAGAUGGUAAGGAAGUGACAUGUGAAAUGGUGUCACACUGGUCCAAUACUAUUAACUAUGAAGUUGUAACUGCUUUAUUACCUAGAUUGAAGAGAGUUUAUGUAAAAUAA